AUGCGACUUCUUCAGCUCAAUAGUGACGGCAGUAUAAAACGAACAGGAUACCUGUAUUCCGGGAUUCAAAUCCCCAAGUAUGCUAUACUCUCGCAUACCUGGCUAGACGACGAGGACGAGGUCAGUUUCGAAGACUUCGACAACGGACAUGCUGAACAGAAGACCGGCUAUGAAAAGAUCCGCUUCUGUGGCGCACAAGCCGCCAAAGAUAGCCUGGAGUAUUUCUGGGUUGACACUUGUUGCAUCCCGAGAUCAAAUAACACGGAGCUCCAGGAGGCUAUCACGUCCAUGUUUAAGUGGUACCGCAACGCUACCAAGUGUUAUGUCUACCUGACGGACGUUGAUGUGUCUGAAGGUGAGGCCAACGACGCGUCCUCCUCACGCCUGUGGGAGUCGGCUCUUCGUCGCAGUCGGUGGUUCACCCGCGGUUGGACGCUCCAAGAACUGCUCGCCCCGGCCUCGGUCGAGUUUUUCUCGGUCCAAGGCACACGGCUGGGCGACAAGAAGUCGCUGGAACAGUACAUCCUUGAGAUAACCGGCAUUCCACCCCAGGCCCUUCGCGGAGAGCCCUUGGCCAAGUUCAGCGUGGCCGAGCGAUUGUCAUGGGCAGAGACCCGACAGACCAAGCGCAAAGAAGACAGGGCGUACUCGCUGCUGGGAGUCUUUGCCAUCUUCAUGCCUCUGAUGUAUGGUGAAGGCGACCAUGCCUUCACCCGGUUACAGCAAGAGAUUGAACGGAAGCACGCCGAGAGUGCCAGACAGGAUGCUCUGCUAUCCACAUUACCUACUGCCCCCCAGGCUGCCUUCAACUCAUUCAACAAUCAGCACGCCUCAACUUGUCUCCCCAACACCAGGGUCGAGCUUCUUCAAAACAUCACCGAGUGGGCGGACGGAUCCGACGACAGGUGUAUCUUCUGGCUCAAUGGGACGGCGGGCACCGGGAAGUCCACGGUUGCGCGUACGGUGGCCAGGACAUAUCAUGACCGAGGCAAUCUAGGGGCCAGUUUUUUCUUUUCAAGAGGAGGCGGUGAUGUCAGCCACAGCGAUAAGUUGUUCACAACUCUUGCCUCCCAGCUGGCGACAAAGAUACCUUCCAUCAGACGUCACAUCUACGGUGCUAUAAUGGCACAAAAGGACAUUGCCGCACAAUCUCUGCGUGAUCAGUGGGACCAGCUGAUUCUCAAUCCGCUCAGCAUGCUUGACACCCGUGCUGCCCCUCCAGCAAUUGUCCUUGUCCUGGAUGCGUUGGAUGAAUGUGACAGUGAGCGAGAUAUUCGGAUCGUUUUGAGACUCUUGGCCACCACGAGGCUGUCGACUGGGAAGGUGCGGUUGCGCAUCUUCAUCACGAGCCGGCCGGAGACUCCGAUCCGCUGCGGCUUCUCCCAAAUCCCAGAAGCGGAGCGCCAGGUCUUCGUUCUUCAGGACAUCUUACCCACCAUCGUGGACCGAGAUCUAAGUCUCUUCUUCGAACACAGCUUCGCCAGCAUCCGAGAAGAACGCGACUUUCCCCCCGACUGGCCCGGGAUGCGAGUCAUCACGCGCUUGGUGGAGAUCUCGUGUGGUCUUUUCAUCUGGGCGUCGACCGCGUGCCGGUUCAUUCGUGAAGGCCGGCGACUUGCCAUGAGACGAAUCACCAUUCUCAUCAAUGGCCAUCGCUCCGGUGCGGGUCCGGAGAAGCAAUUGGACGAAAUCUACACCACCGUUCUCAGAGACUCCACUCAGCAAGGCUACAAUGAAGAGGAGAAACAGGAAGUCUACCAGACUCUCAGAGAGGUUCUCGGUAGUAUCGUGACUCUGUUAUCUCCUCUCUCUACCGAAUCCCUGGUCCAUUUGCUUCGUAAAACGCCACAACAUAUUGAUGAGACGUUGGCGGACUUGCACACCAUCUUCAACAUCCCUGCUCAAAAGAACCGCCCGAUCCGGCUGCAUCAUCCUACAUUCCGCGACUUUCUUCUCAACAAGAACCGGUGCAGUGACUUGAACUUUUGGGUCGACGAGAAGCAGGCACACAGAACGUUGGCCGACAACUGUAUCCAGCUCAUGUCGAGAAUGCUCAGAAGGAACAUCUGUGGCCUCGACUCACCAGGGGCCCUGGUGAGAGAUGUCGACCCCAGUCUCAUUGAGGAGCGCAUACCGCCAGAGCUCCAAUACGCAUGUCUGUACUGGGUCCAGCAUUACCGGCAUAGCGGGACGCGCCUACAAGAUAAUGACCCAGCCCAUCGGUUCUUCCAGAAGCACUUCCUGCAUUGGCUCGAGGCCGUCAACCUGAUUGGGAAGAGUGCUGAGGCGGCGGCAGUGAUCAGAAUGUACCACUCUCUCCUCAUGCCCGCAGACAAUUUGCACCAACUGGCCUUCGUCAAAGACGCGAGACGAUUCAUCUUCGCGUUCCAAUCUAUCAUCGAGUAUGCGCCUCUGCAGACAUACUGCGCCGCUCUUUCGUUCAUCCGGCCUACCAACGAACUGAAGCACCAUUUCGGGCGUGAGAUGCAUCCGUGGAUCAAACAGGUCCGGAUCGCCGAGGCCAUUGCACCAGAAGCCAAAGACGAAUACAACUACGUCAACGACAUAUCGUUCACGCCAGAUGGUCGACAAGUUGCAUCCGGAUCGGUGAACGAGGUGGUCAGGCUUUGGGACGUUGCCACAAAGGCCACUUCCUUCAAACUGGUGGGCCAAACGGAGAAGGUAAGUUCCGUUGCCAUCUCACCAGGCGGAAGGAUGAUUGCCUCGGGCUCGGAUGAUGCCACCGUCAUGGUCUGGGACAUGAGGACGAGAGCCGUGCUUCACAGUCUAGGGGGACAUUCACGCUGGGUCAACUCGGUGGUGUUCUCGCCAGAUGGAAAGCUGCUUGCCUCAGGCUCCAUGGAUGAGACGGUGCGUGUGUGGGAUGUGGUCAAGGGCAAGGAGAUCAACAUGUUUGAUGGAAGCUCAAGCUGUGUGAACUCGGUUGCCUUUUCCCCGGACGGCUCACUCAUUGCUUCUGGCACCGUCGAUUGCGUGGUGCGGCUCUGGGCCGUCGACACCGGCGAGAUUCGGGUAAUGCUGGACGGCCAUUCCGGCUGUAUCAACUCUGUUCGAUUCUCGCCCGACGGCAGGCGGAUCGUGUCUGGAUCGGAUGACAUGACGAUUAGGGUUUGGGACACGGCCACGGAAACCGAAAUCAUGAGCCUGAAAGGGCAUUUGAAAAAGGUUAUGGCCGUGACCUUCUCCCCGGACGCUCGCCUCAUUGCGUCAGGCUCCGAAGACAGGACUGUUCGUCUUUGGAACGCUACUACCGGUGUUACUCUGGCUACGCUCGUAGGCCAUACGAGUGGCAUCAACGCAGUUACCUUUUCUCCGGAUGGCCAGAUCCUCGCCUCGGGCUCCUUCGACGACGAGGUCCGGCUCUGGGCGGCAGAGACGGGCGAGUCGCUUGGAAAGCUGGACGAUUUCGACAGUGAUGAUGUCGAACCCGGCUUCCAGCUGGUCCAGCAGUGGACCAAGGGUGAGGCUACAUCAGACUUGGACUUGGACGAGAAGGGGACCCUCGCGUCUACUGCAGCAACCCUGGUGGAAAAGGAAGAGUUCAAAGGUCACGCCAGCACAGUCCUCUGCGUCGUCCCCUCACCGGAUGGACGGUCAGUCGCGUCCGGCUCACACGAUACCACGAUCAAGGUAUGGACCGUAGAGGGAGUGGAGCGCUUGAAGCUCGAGGGCCAUUCGGGCAGUAUCAGCCAUCUGGAAUUCUCGCCAAACAGUCAUCUGCUUGCAUCGACCUCGACCGACAAAACAGUCAGGCUCUGGAGCAUGGAAACAGGCGCCGAACUACACACACUCAGAGGCCAUUCCGGUACUGUUCGGCAUGCGCAAUUUUCUUCCGACGGCCGCCUUCUCGCCUCAUGCUCCAUUGACAAGACCAUUCGGCUUUGGGACACCGCGACCGGCACGGUCGUCCACAGUCUCGAAGGCCAUGUCGACACGGUCAACCGGGUUGCAUUCUCGGCGGCAGACAAGCACAAUUGUAAUCAUCUUCUCGCGUCAUGCUCGGCAGACACGACAAUCAUGCUCUGGGACCUUGCCACGGGCCAGCGACGCACAACGUUCCGAGGUCAUGUAGACGCCGUCAACUCGGUUGCAUUCUCAAGAGAUGGCCAGAUGCUCGUCUCUUGCUCCGCUGACCGGACUGUGAGGCUCUGGACGACAGAAAGUGGAACAAUGUGUGGCAUUUUCAAAGGCCAUACGCUUCCCGUCAACUCGGCUGCAUUCUCGCCGGACAACAAGCUGGUGGUGUCUUGUGCCGAUGACGAGACGGUCAGGCUCUGGUCCCUGGAAACCGGCUCUCCGCGCGCCGUCCUGAACGUCGCUGUCGUGGUUCGCGCCGUGGCUUUUGCCAGCAGCAGCAGAGCCAUCCACACUGACAGGGGAGUAUUGGAUGUCGACUCUCUCCCCUUGACUUCUCCUCCUUCUCCUUCUGGGGAACUUGACCUUGACAGCGUCCUUGUCAAUAUUUCCUUGGAAGAUGGUCAACAAACGCUUGCAGACCAUCUCUUUGUGACCAAGGACUGGCUGAAGAGAGGAGCGGAAAACACCCUCUGGCUUCCUGACGAGUAUCAUGCCACGAGCGUGGCUACAACCAGUUCUACUACUUGGGGUGAUGCCAUUGUCUUGGGCCACCCGUCUGGAAGUAUUUCCUUCAUUUCUCUUUAG